ACUUGAAUCUCGUGAUGGGGGGACUAAUGACUCCAUCCACCAAUCGCCGCUGAUAUUAAUAGGUCGCUACAUUUACCACUUAUGAUUCGUGUAAUAACGAGUAGUGAUAAGACAAUUAUUUUUCUUUUCAUUCAUAAGACAUUGUACGUUAAGUCGCCUCGUAUACAUUUACAAACCGGCAGGCCACAGAAGUGUCUCGUUCGCCUUGACGUAUUAUAGCGAGCCCAACAGGUAUAUACAUCAUUAUUCAAGCAAACGACAAUAUUAUUUAUACUGCACCACGUGGAGUGAAUGAGAGAGAAAAUAGACAGAAAAAAUCUACCUACAACAUUUACAGACGACACACAUAGACUAGUAGAAGAAACUUAAAUGCAUUGAUUGGUGACGGCGGAAAAAAUAAAAUUGAUAGCGUCUUUGCCCAUGUACUGACAUCGAACAACUUCGUUACUGGACGGAUAGACAGAAGAAGGGACACGCACCACAUUGAUCCGGAGUGAGGUAAUAUAUUCGCGGCCAUGGAAGAUUUCCUUCCGCUGUGCUCUAGCUUGGAGAGGGAGCAGUUCACGUUACAGCGACUCAACUCAUCCGGUGAGGAGGCGGAAGUAACGUACGACGGAUGCCGGAGCAGCAGUCCAUCUUCCUCAGUUUGGAGUUUAGAUAGCAUGGACGACGAAGUGUACUUGGAAUACUUGUUCUCUCAGGGACUCGCGGACAGUAUAGAAAAGCCCGACCCGGUGAGUCCAGAAAUCGUCACCAAAUGUAGCCCCAAAGUCUCUUCCUUCUGUGAUUCGUACUGUAGCCAGUUUUUUAACAUUGACCAAUCGCUGUCGCCAGCGUCGUCGUGUGGUGACCGUUCCGGUAGGGACGACGUUUUCGAAGAGGAAUCUUCUAGUCCCGAGUCGCCGGACAGUGAAUUCGUUGUACUGGGAGUUGGACUGGAAAGUUUAAUGCAUAAUUACUGUGCAAAGCCCACCAACGAAAACAAUGUAAGUGAAUAUAAGAUUGAUUUACCCAAAAAUACUCAGUUUGUGGCUUACUCUAAAGGCCAUCACGUUAGUAUCACUAGGCAACCGCUGUCUCACUCGUCUGCUAACUCGCUACUUUCGCAUACUAGUCUCCUCAAUACCAUUGCCUCAGCAGGCGCUGUUUCGAAACCAACGAUUCCAAGAGCAACAAACGCAUCCGGAACCAAAGACCCCAAAAACGACGAGAAAAUAUACCACUGCACCUAUAAUGGAUGCAACAAAGUUUACAGCAAGAGCUCUCAUUUGAAAGCUCACUUGCGGCGACAUACGGGUGAGAAACCAUUCUCCUGCACUUGGCCCGGCUGCGGAUGGAGGUUUUCACGCUCGGAUGAACUUGCACGGCAUAAACGAUCGCAUUCAGGAAUUAAACCGUAUCAGUGCAAAAUUUGUGAGAAAAAGUUUUCGAGGUCCGACCAUCUUUCGAAGCAUUUAAAAGUUCAUAGAAAACGAUAAUUUUAUGUGACCUAUAUAUAUAUAUUGAAAUCCGGUAUCCUGCCAAAACUUUAUACAUAUAGCAAUUUAACAAAGAUAACAGCGUGUGUUCGAAGAAAAAUACUUAAACAAUAUGGUGCUAUUAAAUGAAAGCUUGGAAGCAAGGAAAGAAUAAAAUGAAAUCCAGAUAGAUAAAAAGUAGUGUGUAUGUGUUAUAUCAACCGAAACUCAUGAAUAUUGCAUUUUGUGCUUGUUGGGAGUCUAAGAUUCAUCAUUCUUCGUCUUGACUGCCUUCGAUUUGCUGAAAAAUGUAUGAAGUAAACAUUCUCGAUAAAAAUGGUAGAGAAUAGAAUGGCGUGACCAAGUUUGAUCGAUGAUGGAACUCGACGAGAUAUUCAGGAGCCUGAGUUCAGAACUAUCCUCUUAUAAAGCAUUAAUCAAUAGGGAGAGCCUUAAAUGUAGAAAACUGUCUCGAGCCAUCAUAUUACGCAUGCUUUCAUGUAAAACAAAAUCGACUUCAUUCAAUAACACUGUUGCUAUCAGUUGGUACGGAUCUCAAGGUUUUUUUCUCUGAUGGUUUUUCAGAAUGCAUUCCACCGAAAUUCUUUGUAAGUCGAUAAUCUGUGCCCAGCACCAGAUGUAAAAGGUUGUACUUUCAUUUUUAUUCCCUUCAUGUCACCCCCCCCCCCCCAUCCAGUUCAUUUAUUUCAUCACAUAGGUAAUUGUUUUCAGUUAAAUCUCAUCAGUAAAGUCAUGUAUAUCCAUUUGUUUUGCAUAUGGUAGUGUAUUCGAAGAAAAAAAAAGCUCUAAAAGCACAUUGUGAUAGUGUAGAUUGUCCCAUUGUCUUAGUGCGUGUCACAGCCCCGGGCAAGAAUUCAUAUAUUUGAAACAUUUAGUUAUGUUGAUUAUUCCGAAAACAACAACGCUAUCAGAACCAUUCAUUAUCUGUCCAUGCAUAGCUAGAAUUUAUUUUAUACACAGUGUCAAAAAAGUCCCCCUAGUCCAAUUAAUUGAAAUUCUUUUUCUUUUCCUUUUGUAUAUGACAACGUGAGAAAGGUUUUUCUGGCUGUAUAGGUGAAUGAAUAUAAGUGCUCAUUUGUAUUUUUUAUGUGUUCUUAUUUCUUAUUCCAUUGUGAAAAGAGAGAGAGAGAGAGAGAGAGAGAGAGAGAGAGAGAGAGAGAGAGAGAGAGAGAGAGAGAGAGAGACGUAAGUGGUGCGUAUAAAAGUCUAUGCAUAAAUUCAUCUUUUUAUUUAAUUCUCAUUUUAUUUUGGUCAUAUACUUGCCGGGAGAUGUUGCAAAAUAUUUAUUGACUUGUUAGAUAAUAUUAAUGUUGACAGUGCAAUAUGCUACAUAACAUGAAGCAUGUCUCUCUACAAUUAAGUAGGUUUUUGGGAGAGAUGAGAGAUCGAGAGAAAAAGAGAGAAAGAAUCUUAAAUGCAGACUGAAUCAUAUUGCAUUACUAAUCGGCUGGGCUGGUUUCCGCCGAAUCAUUUUACCUACUCAAAGCUGAACAAAGUAAUUUAUUAGAGUUUGUCCCUACCAUGCCAUGUUGAAACAACACGAUGGAACUCACAAGUUAAUUUCUCGUUUUUUAAGUUCUUAAAUUACACCAUGCAAACAAUUGCAUAUACCUUUUUGUGUUGUUGAUUUUUUGUCUCUUAAAAAGGUGUUAACGUUACCUAAGGGAAAACCCAUGCGUCAGGUUGUUUUAACCUCCUAAUAAUUUGUCUUAUUAAGCCCAACAUGUGACUAGGUGUGAUGCACACGUCUGAGUCUGUGUAUGUUGAAUUAACAUGAAUGGAGUACCAAGUGCCCCUUCACCUUGUUUGACACCAGACGUCAUGUAUAAAUGUGUAUCAUUUUUCUAUAUGAAUACAACAUUCCUAAACAGGUAUAGCAAGUUUUUUUUUAACUUGUGCAACAUCGGAAUAGGUCGAUUUUUAUAGUAUUACGAAAUCCACAACGGAUUUUUCCCCUACACGUACUUUUAAAAACCAGGCUAAAAGGUUCCAUUUUUGCAUCAAGAAAGAACAACGUUGCGAAUUUGAAACAUGGCAUGGCUCUCUGGAAUGCUAAACAAUUUACAUUAAAUUACUUAAUUUGCAUAAAGUCUUAUAAAUUAGAUUUCUUAAUGAAACAAAAAAUUGUUUUAUUGCGUUGAGCGCAACUCUCUGAUUCGACUUUAAUUACUUUCAUUGAUUCAUUACAUGUAUUGGAUAUAUUGUUAUUGAUGAUGUAUGAUUUGAAUGGGAUAUUUUUGUUCAGUGUGUACAUGUGUUGUAAGUUUAAUAGUCUAUGCACUCUAUUUCCAAUUACAUCACAAGUCUUAUUUUACAAUUAAUUCAUGUUAUAUAUUGCUGUAUGUAUACAUGUGUAAUUUUAGUGGUGCUAAACAUGUUUAAAAACUCGUGAUUGUUAGAUUAAUGAAUUGAUCAAUGUUAACUUAGUAUUUACACCAAUGAAAUCUUAAACAUGAUUUUACAAAUUG